UACACCUCCUGCUGAACAACUCUCCUAACAAUUCAACUGCAACAAGCUAUGAGCUGAAGGUUCAUCUCAUCGCAAACAACAAGACGACAUCCACCGGCAUUUCUUUUUGAGACGAGAAUGGGAAAUGCUCUGUCAUUGUAUUCACUAUGGCUUCUAGAAGUUCGAUGAUGGAUGACGGGUAUCCUUCCAGUUCGGCAACACCAGCAUUCGACAGCCAACACGAAUGGGAAGAACACCGUCGCGCAACCAUUGACCAUGACCGGGACGAGUUGGAUCUUUUGGGCGAGGAUGACGACAACAACAAUCACAACAGUCAUGACAACGACAACGACAUGAUCCUUCAUGAGGACCCUUUGCGAGAUGACCUCAACCAGCCAAUGUCGUUUAAGCGCAAACAGAAGCAAUCCAUCUUCUCUCAACCAUCACGACUUUUCUCAGCAUUCACUGGAGGGCGGUCUCCUCGGAAUUCUCACGAUAUAUCGUCCAAUACCCGCUUGGAUGGCACUCAGUCGGGGUCAAAGGAUGGCGGGCCGAUGGAUUGGUAUGUAGAGGGCCCGGGAAGGAGAGUUGGCUACGAGGACUUGACCGCCAUCGACUGGAUCUUUGAGUAUACCAAGGAACGCCAAAGACUACGAAUGCUAUCCUCCGGCUCCAACAGCCUCGUGGGUUGGAUCCGCCUGCUCCUCGACAACAGCCAGGCCUGGAUUGUUCUGCUGUUGACUGGUCUGGCUACCGGUCUGUUGGCUGCCGCCAUUGACGUAGCCACUGAUUGGCUGGCGGAUCUCAAGUUCGGAUUCUGCUCAACUGUUGACGGCGGAGCCUUUCACCUGAGCAAGAGCUCAUGCUGCUUAGGCUAUGAGGACCAUGCUCAAUGCCAGGGCUGGUAUCCCUGGGCCAAGGCUUUUGGUAUUCAUUCAGGAGGCGGCAAGUGGUUCAUUGAGUACUUCUUUUACGUACUCCUAGCAUUAUCCUUUGCCGUUUCUGCUGCCAUCUUGGUCAAGGAAUACGCCAUUUAUGCUAAGCAUAGUGGUAUCCCCGAAAUCAAGACUGUUUUGGGUGGCUUCGUUAUGCGCAGGUUUCUAGGUAUCCAGACCUUGGUGACAAAGUCGCUAGGUCUUGUGCUUGCUGUUGCAUCCGGCAUGUGGUUGGGCAAAGAAGGUCCCUUGGUUCAUGUCGCCUGCUGUUGCGCAAACGUCUUUAUCAAGCUCUUCCCAAGCAUCAACAACAAUGAAGCACGGAAGAGAGAGAUUCUGUCCGCAGCGGCAGCCUCCGGUAUAUCCGUUGCCUUCGGCUCGCCCAUCGGCGGCGUGCUUUUCAGUCUUGAGCAACUCUCUUACUACUUCCCCGAUAAAACCAUGUGGCAGAGCUUCGUGUGUGCCAUGACCGCUGCCGUCACUCUCCAGGCUCUUGACCCCUUCAGAUCCGGCAAGUUGGUGCUUUACCAAGUCAAGUACUCGUCCGGCUGGCACGGCUUUGAGCUGGUCCCCUUCGUCCUCCUCGGCAUCGCAGGCGGUAUCUACGGCGGCCUCUUCAUCAAAGCCAACAUGCGCGUCGCCGAAUGGAAGAAAUCCACAAGGUGGCUUCCCGGCCCCGUCACCCAAGUCGCCAUCGUCGCCGGCCUGACCGCCCUCAUCAACUACCCCAACACUUACAUGCGCGCGCAAACCUCCGAGCUGGUCUCCAACCUCUUCACCGAGUGCGCCAAGAUCGUCGACGACCAAUUCGGCCUCUGCAAGACGGGCGCCGCCUCCUUCGGGACCAUUGCUUUGCUCAUCUUCGCCGCCGUCCUCGGCUUCUUCUUCGCAGCCGUCACCUUCGGCCUACAAAUCCCCGCCGGCAUCAUCCUCCCCUCCAUGGCCAUCGGCGCCCUAACCGGCCGCGCCUUGGGUAUUCUCAUGGAACUGUUCCAGCGCGCCGCCCCAAACUUCCCCUUAUUCCUCCACCAAUGCGAGCCCGACAUCCCCUGCAUCACCCCGGGAACCUACGCCAUCAUCGGCGCCGCCGCCUUCUUGGCAGGAGUCACCCGCAUGACCGUCUCCAUCGUCGUCAUCACCUUCGAGCUCACCGGCGCCCUAACCUACGUUUUACCCAUCAUGAUCUCCGUCAUGAUCUCCAAAUGGGUCGGCGACGCUUUUUCCCGUCGCGGCAUCUACGAAUCCUGGAUCGGUUUUCAAUCCUACCCCUACCUGGACCCCAACAACUCGGGCGAAGACCUGAGCCCGCUAAUCCCCGACGUGCCUGCUAGCCAAAUCAUGACCCGCCUCGACUCCGAUCUUAUCGUGUUGACCGCAACGGGCCACACCAUCUCCAGUCUGCAAAAAAUCCUCGAAACCACGCCCUACCGCGGUUACCCCGUCAUUUCUAACCCGCGCGACGCUGUGUUAUUGGGGUAUAUCUCCCGUGCUGAGCUGUCGUAUAUCCUCUUCUCUCCCGGAGGGCGGGCCGCUGCCGGUCGCUUGCCACCCGAAACGGAAUGCUUCUUUAGUCAUCAACCGCUUGCGGACCCGUUGACUACUUUGGAUCUAAGGCCGUGGAUGGACCAGACCCCGUUGACCCUUCCCGGUAGGAGCCCGUUGCAUCUGGCCGUGAGUUAUUUCCAGAAGUUGGGGGUGCGGUAUGUGUUGUUUGCGGAGAGGGGGGUGUUGCAGGGCUUGUUGACGAGGAAGGAUGUCUGGCAUGUGAUGAAUGGGGCGGAGGAGAGGGUGAGGGAUGCGGAUGCGGAUACUGAUGAUGGUGGUGGUAGGGGGAAUGGGAGAAUGGGAGGUGGACGGGGCAGGGAGGAAGGAGGGGGGGAGAGCGCUGGGUUGUUGGGUGUUGAGAGGAGUAGGGAUUAUUUUCAGGGGCAGGGGACGACGAGGGAAGGGAGGAGUGGGAGUUUUGCGGGGAGUAGUGAGGGGGGUAUAUUGUAGGUUGGGAUGUUGUGUGCUUGCAGAUGAUGAUACUGAAUGGUUGGGAUGUUUAGAUUAGCGGCUGUAGCAUAUAGAUGUCUUUUCAGCGUGUCCGUCUAUAUACACAACUAGACUAGUGAUUCUGGUUGCUAAAUUGAUCGGCUAUCUAGCCUACUGACUCA